AAGUAGCACACAACGGGUGUUUUACCAUCUCUGAACGAGGCGCCGGGACGCCCGGUGAGAAACGUGUGUGUAAGCGCACAACGUGCGCACGGUUGCGGAGUGCUCGUCGAGUGUCUCUAAGUAUGAUCGAUCGGAGAUACCGUACUUGCUGUCAAAACUCGUCCGAAAUGUAUUCGCGCGCAAUCGCGCGAUAACGAGUAGUCCCAAGCGGGGGAUCAUUGAUAUCAUUGUUGUUAUUACGUGUAAAAUUAUGUGUCAGUCGCGAUGGGACGCAAUGGUGGAUUAAUAUGAAAUUGUUAGACGCUACGUGUUUUCACGAAAGCUUAGAACGACAAAAUAAAUAGUGAAUCUGGAAUUUGGAAGUGCACCUACGGGCUAUAAAAGCCUGAUAACGAAUCGAUAUUUUAGCAUUCACAAUUGUAUAUUAUCGUCGAAAUACUUGACUCAUUACUUUACUACUUAGGAAUAAGGAUAUAUUUUAUCUAACACAACGUGUUACAUUACACGCCGACACUGUCUUCGUCUGGUGCUAAUUUCUCAAGAGAAAGAAAGAGAGAGUUUUUUUUUUUAUCAACAUUAAAAGCCUAACACGAUGAAUUACAUAGACGGCGUAUCCCAGUUGCAUCAUAUUACUAAUCUGGGUAUCAAGCUGUCACCCGGGGGCGGCGGGGCGACCGGUGGAUCAACAGACAUCGUCGCCAGUGUUCAACCGCCCCCGGGUGUCGAGGCACCGUCUCACCACUUCCAUCAUCAGGCUUACCCGCCGCAUCAUCCUCACACGGCCACCCACAUGGGCCCUUCGCACAUGGGGCAUCAUAUGGGUCCACAUCCGUCUUACGCGGCGCGCGACUUUCUUCUGCGACGGGAACAUGAGUUCAACGCGACGGCAAGUCCUACCACGCCCGAAAGUGGAUUGAGUCUUUUCACAUCGCUGCAUCACGAUGGCACGGCCACGACGAUGCAGCAGUUUCCACAUCAUCCCGGCCAGCAUCCACUGGCCGCCAGUCACUAUCCUGGGACACCCUAUUCCCAGGAUGCCAGGUUACCAUCUCAUCAUCAUCAGUAUCUCGCUUCGCCACACUUGCCGCCAUCUUCGAUUCAGCAUCCGCAGCAUCCGGGCAUGCCUCAUCCGGGUCAUCCUUUCAUGAGGUACAUGAGGAGCAGCGACGGACCGAUUGGCGGCCCUGUGGUCAGCAGCGGUCAACAUCAGGAGUAUUCGUGCAUGUGGCUGGACCCGGACGCCGGUUCGGGGAGAAAGCUCUGUGGCAAGCUUUUCAACAGCCUCUCCGACAUCGUGGGGCAUCUGCAGAUGGAUCACGUGGGCGGAGCCGAAAGUACAACGCACGCGUGCUUCUGGCAGGGUUGUACGCGCGACGGCAAAGCCUUCAAGGCCAAGUACAAGCUCGUCAAUCAUAUAAGGGUGCAUACGGGCGAAAAACCCUUCCCCUGUAUACAUCCAGGCUGCGGCAAGGUCUUUGCCAGAUCGGAGAAUCUCAAAAUACAUAAGAGGACGCACACCGGUGAGAAACCCUUUAAAUGCGAAUUCCCCGGCUGCGAAAGGAGGUUUGCGAACAGCAGCGAUCGAAAGAAACAUAGUCACGUUCACACAUCGGACAAACCUUAUAUUUGUCGACAGCCGAGCUGCGAUAAAUCCUAUACUCAUCCAAGUUCGCUACGCAAACACAUGAAGAUACAUGGUGUGACGAUGAGCGAAGGAAAGAUGGGAAUGUAUGAGAGCGAGGGCGAGGAAAGCAGCAGCAGCGUCUGUAGCGUAUCGGUAACGGAUCAUACAGAAUCGCCUCAACCACCUUCGGUCGCCCCAACGACGACGUCGACUAACCCACCACCACCGCCUACGAAUCAUCCGUCGAGUCGCGGAACAACGGAGUUGGAAUGGUACGUAUGUCAACCGCCGACGGUCGGGCCUCAACCAGGACCCUUACCAGGUCCACCACCCCCACAUCAUCUUGGACAUCAUUUCAAUCAGCUAAUACAUCCUCAAGCAGCUGCGUAUUAACUGAAUGAAUAAAUGUCAACAUAGUCAAUAGUAAAAUAGUAAAAAAAUUAGUAGGUAGAGCAACAAGCAGUGUUAGCAUCACGAGGCAAGCCCAACGGGAGAGUGCUUGUUUCUCAAACUGUUGGUUGGUUGAAUUAUCGGAAGAGCCUAGAUUCGAGUUCCGCAUAUUAUGGUAUCACGCACACCGAAACUUUUGCUCGCCCAUGAACAAAGUUUAAGCGAAGUGGAUUUCGGCAAAUCUGGAGAUGUGCUGGAUUGGCUGUGUGUAUCGUUCCGUUUUUGUAUGACGAUGAACUGCGCUUUCAGUUCGAAUGACGCACGAAUGUUUAGUUAAGAAAAUGGAUAAACUAUAGUAAAAGAAAGGAUAUCUAGGCGAGCAAAGGAAUAUCAGAGCGCUCAGUAAGAGUGCUUGCUGAUAAUUGAGAGGUGUUAAACUCGUAUUUUCCUCGCUCGUCAAGAUCCAUAAUGAAGUUUUUCUAAAAUCCGUUCCUCUUUUCUUCCCAUAUCUCUCACUGCGAGAUAAUGAUAUGAAACAAAAUGCCUUGCUGAAAAUGAAGACGAUUUUACGAAAAAAAAUUCAAAUGACAAUCAUCAAAGUCGAAAAUAGUCUUUCGAAAAAAAUUCAAGUUCUCGACAAAUAAAGAAAAAAAGGAUAAUCAAAAUGGGCCCAAUUUAUAUCAAUCAAACAUGAUUCAAUUUUAAGCUUAUGAUGAAUAUAACAAAAUAAUAUAAAUCUAUAAAUUAAAAAUGUUUAAUUCUCAUUUUUUUAUAAAAAAUUCUCAAUCUCUCGUUAUUAUCAUUACUUUUUACGAUUACAAAUGUCAUUACUUUGAUACUGAAAAUAAUUUCGAUUUAAAAAUAAUUUUGAAUCAAAAGAAGUUUAUAUAUCAAAAUUUAAUUCAACAGAGAAAUCUGUAAUAUUUCUUGUAAUAAAAUUGAAAGAAUAAUUUUUUUUUCUAACAAACAUAUUUUAAUUUGUAAUAACUUCCACACAAAAUAGCAAAAAAAUAGCCUGAAGCAAUUUUUUUGUUUAGCCAAUCAAAAAUUUUAAUUUGAACCGUAUUUUGUUUUUGUAAAAUUGAGCCCAAAAAUAUUAUUCUUUCUUCGAGUCUGAUCAUAUAUGAUACAUAUAUGAUCAAUAUGAUGCAUCAAUGUAGCCUAAUUGAUCUUAUAAAAAAGCUUACAGAUGUUUAAGAUACAUCGAGUAAAAUAUAUUUAAAGCAUCUUUCUAAGUAUUUUUGAUUGAUCAAGUUCUACAACUAUUUAAUAAUUCAUGAAUUAAAAAAAUGUUAUUAGCGUAUUUUAUUAAUCCAUAUUAUUGAACACGAAUAGUUGCAUUAAAAAAGAAAAUUAUUUAUUUUGAUAUAUUUUGCAAAGAAAAAAACUCAUAAUUUCUCGCUUCUUACAUCAUAAUAUAACAUUAAUAAAAGGGACCAGAAGCAUCAAAAAAUAAUCUUUAAAUGUACUUUGUUUUGAGAGACAUAAUCUGUUUGUCUUGCUUGCAUUUUUUAAAACUAUUUAUAUUUGAAAUAAAAUGUGAAUUCGGGCAUUGUAGAGGCAGAGAAAGAGAGAGAGAGAGAGAACGAAAAACCUGGAUGUGGAAAAUGCAAACAAAGAAACAGAUCUAUAAUAUUAUAUAAUCAGUACAAUUAUAUUCUACAUGAAGUACUUUCGAGAUUUAAGGCACUUUUAUUUUUUAGAUAAAAUUAAUAUAUUGGUUUUCUUCUAAUAAAAAAAAAAAAAUUAAAACGAUUCUUCUUAACAUUUCGCGUAUAAAGAUAUUAAAAUCAUAAUCAAAAAAUAAACAAUUUACAAUAUUUAAUAUUUUAUAUAUAAUAGAUUUGUGUAUAUAUCUUCGCAAAAUAUAUUAUAAAAUAUAUAUAAUUUAAAUUAACAGUGUAUUAAUUAAAACUAUUAUUAAAAAAAUAGGUGCUUGUGCAGAAUUAAAUCCAACACAAAACAAAAAUAAAC